UCUUGGAAACCCUGGACUCAACAACCCAUUUUCAUCUCUCCCCUUCCUCCACAGGUCGUCUCUCCAACCCCCACAGCCAUGACUCUCACUCCAGUGCCACUGGAGGACGCCACUGCCCGCCCUGAAUUCUGCAAGUGGCCAUGUGAGUGUCCGCAAUCCCCACCUCACUGCCCGCUGGGUGUGAGCCUUAUCACAGAUGGCUGUGAGUGCUGUAAGAUAUGUGCCCAGCAGCUCGGGGACAACUGUACAGAGGCUGCCAUCUGUGACCCACACCGGGGUCUCUACUGCGAUUACAGUGGGGACCGGCCGAGGUACGCAAUAGGAGUGUGUGCACGUAAGUGAGACCCCCCAUAUCUUCCAACUGCCCCCACACCCCAGCUCCAGCCCACGAACACCCACAGCCCUUCCCUUGGCCAGUCCAGUUAGAAGCCACAGGAUGGGUCAUCCUGGGGAGAGAGCAAUAACUGCAUUAUUCUUGUUCCUGAGAUCCCAUUGUGUCUUGCUUUCUUCCUAUUAGACACAUUUUUCCCUGAGGAAAGGAAAUUCUGCCAAGAAAUACCCAAGCCUGGUUCCGUUCUCUCGGUAGAUACAACUCUUCAAUAGAUAACACUGAAUCACUGCCAUACUUCAGAUAUGUUAAUGAUUUUUUAAAUUAAAAUGUUUAAUAAUAUGCAUAAGAAAAUCCAGUGACCAGGAAAUAAUGAAAACUGCAGGCACCAUUUCCUGGUAGCCACCCCUUUCCAGUCACCACCAUUACUUUUAACUUGCUAGCCCUCUAUUUUUCUAGUUAUCACUACGUAGCAAUGUCUUCUGCUAUAUCUUGAUUGGUUUGCUACACUAAUUUUGGAUCAUUUAUUAAUUUCCCUACAUGGUAGUUGAUGGCUUAGCUCCCCGAUGCUAUCAGAUACCUUUGUCAUCUUCCAAACGUCCAUUCUGAUUUUUGGCUAUAUAAUCAGGACUAUUUUUUUAUGUUCUGACUAUGUUCGCUGGAACCUAAGUAGUAUACGUGUUUGAAUUCUGCCUUUUCAUAGUGCCUUCUGCUCUUCCUGGGGAUUCUAGCUGCCCUUGUUUUUCUUUGAUUUUGGCGUGCAUAGUAUCCUUGUGUUUGGAAGAAAACUGUUGUUUAUUCUUCAUGUGCUCCAUCCCGUGUCCCCUGUCCUCGACACUGUUCCUGGAGACCGUGUUUCUAGACUUCAUGCUCCUCUCUGGAUGCCUGUGUCCUUAGUCUGAAAUCUCUGAGCAUUGCUUGCCAAAUGACGCAAGCCAGCACGAUAAUGAACAAAAGCCCGACACACAUGAAACGUUUCUCAACGUAUCAUAGAUACAGGAACUCUUCUCCCAUUAGUACUGAAUCAAGACUCCUCCGUAACUAUUAGUCCACUUUCUGUUCAUACGCAGUACAGUCCCUCAUCUGUACCGUACACCUUAGAUCCCUGUUUGGGUUGUUGAUAAGGGCUGUGCACACAACCCAAGUCACUAAACCCUGUCUGUGCCUCUUGGUUCCUCUGUAGCUCUUUUCUUUCUUGUCUUCUCUCUCUCUCUCUCUCUCUCUCUCU